CCGGGAGACUAACCGCGCUCCUCAGAUCCGUCAAAAUAAAGAGUUGCCACGAGAGCUUAAAGCCCCAAAGGCAUUAUCAUAAAGAAGAUAUUCCAGAGAAGGAGUUUGUAAGAAAACUGGAGGUGAGGCGAGCCAGUAGAUGCUGCAGGAAAAAUGGCACUUCGGUCACGACGAACUGAGUGAGGAAAUCAGGCAAAAUUAUUCCGACUGACUUACCAAACCCACCACGACCCAAGACCUAAUUUGGAAUGUUGCGUGGGAAGCAGUGAGUAACUUGGUUCUUGCCAGGCUGUCAAGUGAAGGGUUUUUAUCAGCAGAGUUACCAUCACUGUGUUGGGUGCUCUCUGGCGCUGUCCCUACUUCUAGUGUAAUACAGUUUCAACCUGAUGCUGUUGAAGAGUUACUAAACAAUUAAUGAUAUAGCAAAUUAGUUAUAUUGUUAUAUAUGGUAUUUGUACUGCAUGAACUGUGUGUACACAAAACUGAAUGAAUAGCAUAUACCAAAUAUUCUUCAGUGAAGUCUUCCUCAAGCAGACGAACACAGGUCUGGGGCCUCUCAAGGCAGGUCACGGCAGUGUCAAGAGAAUCCCACCAUGACUGCUAUAGAGCAAAUAAGGGAGAGUGUGGCUGGCCUAUACAAGUUUCGUGAUGAAUACUUCAAAACGUUUGGCAUUGAAGAUGCUGCUAAUAAAUCCCAACGGGUACAGAAAGAGAUACAAAAUACGAUUCAGCUGAUAGAUAGUGUCAAAGACCAGGUGUGUCCGGACUUAAAGGGAGAGCUGCAUUUCUUGCGGGGUCGUGCUCUCAAUGCCACAGCAGAGUACAGUGCCGAAGCCGAAGAAGUAUUGGGCAGAGCCACACGCUUCAACCUUCCAGGUGCCUGGAAUGAACUUGGAGAGUGCCAGUAUAAGAAAGGGGACCUGAGUGGAGCUCAAAUGUGUUUUGAGAAGGCUCUGAAAUUGGCACAGGAUAAAGUUUACUACCGCAACAUGUCGAUGCUGAUGAGGAGUUUGCCCUGGAAGACGAGUGCUGAGCGAGAAGAUAAUGUAGAGAAGGGGCUUGAAUAUGCCAGGAAGGCAAUUCAGUUAGACAUGAGUGAUGGCCAUUCAUGGUUGGUCUUGGGAAAUGCCUAUCUUGCUUCAUUCUUUACUGUUGACUCCAAGUUGGAAUCCCUCAAACACUGCAAAGCUGCUUAUAACAAAGCUGCAAAUGAUCCUCUAGCUGUUGUCCUGCCAGAGUUGCACUUCAGCAAAUUUCAUGUGCAGUGGUACGAAGAGGACUACGCUGGGGCUCUCGGUAGCUUAAGACGUGCGCAUGAGCUGGAGCCAACCUGGACGGAAUGUGAGACAAAGUUUGAUGAGUGCGUCAAGUUCUUAACCAAGCUGUCACAGAUGGUGAAGAACAAGGGCCAGCUCAACCAGAGACGGCUAAAUUCAUUGGCAGCAGAUAUCAACAUGAGCCAGCUGGGACCAUACAACAAAGGGGGAACAAAUCUCACAGGAGGAAGAAAGCCAGACAUGGUGCCACUUUCACUGCUAGGUGAAGGAAGCAACCAGGAUAAGGUAAUUCUGGGGAAAGUUGUGUGCACAGUUAUCCCUGAAUCGGGUAUUCCAUUUUCUAUGUGUCUGAUCGACAAGGAGAGUUCAUGUAUUGCUGUCACUGUCUACAAUUGGGCAAGUGGCUGUGGUGUCAAGAUUGGAGAUUCAGUGGCUGUGAUUGCACCUGUGUUGAAAAGUCACAAUAUUGAUGUUCCUGGUGGGGAGGCACUGUCGUUUCGGUCGGUGCGUGUGGCGGUACCAUUGAUGCUGGUAGUCAACAAGCGACCAGUGGGCAUCAAUCAGAUUGCCACAUCACAGAUUGUUUCUCAGCAGAAGCCAGAGUGACUUUCACCUGUUUUUACCACUUAGGUCUAUUUACACUUCUAUACAGAGAAAAGGCAAUCAUGGCAAUCAGGAACUUUUCUAUAGUUUUCAUUGUUCCUUUAUGCAUGUUCUUUUUUUUAAUGAAGGUAAAGUAUAAUGAACACUGAUUCAUCAAGUGAACAACAGUCUUUAAUUAAUUCAUCAUCCGAGUGUGUUUUUUUCCAAGAAUAUUGAAUUUAGUCUAGUACACUGUAUCCAAAACUGUCAAAGUGUACCACAGAGCCAGAGAUGGUCUAGAAGAUGGCAACAAUAAGACAUAUGUAUUACAGUGCCAAAGUAAUUAAAGAGGCAGACAUGAUUUACCAUUGUCAGAGGACAGGAAGCCUGUUGGUUUCAUCAAGGGAUCCUUAGAUCCUUCCAAAGAAUACAGCCCACAAACGUUCCCUGGUAACUUCCUGGUACCUAUUUCACUACUAGGUGAAAAUAAAUAUGAUAAUGUCUCUGCCCUGCUGUGGAAAUAAACCCUGGGAGCUUUCAGUUAUGACCCAAAUGUAGUGAGCAUUGUAUUACAGAACUUGGAAGUUGUUCAUGAUGGGACAUGGAGGCUAUGUAAUUUAUUUGAGGUUGGCAGGAAUUGCCUUAUUUAUAAAAUACCAAAUUGUCAAUGACAACUUGGUAUCUUAGAAAUACCAGACGACGAGAGACCAAGCAGCAGAUAUUUCACAACUUCAAGAGUUUAACAGAAAUAGAAUCUUGUAAAAGAGUAUGUAACAGGAGUUAGUGUCUUUGGACAAAAUUAGUAUACUUAGAGAAAAAUGGUUAGACAUUGCUAUAAAUUAAAGACACAUUCCUAACAGUCAUGGGUCUUUCAUUGGAAGAUUUUAAGGAAUGUAUUCUAUAAUAUUAUAAGCAGCAUAGGAAGACUGACAACACACUUAACAAUAACAUUUGUAUAAGUUGGAAGAAUAUAACAGUAAAACAUUAGUUACUGGAAAAUGAAUAAGGUGGACAAUGUAAUAGGAAAGCCUUAGUUGUUGUUAUCACUGAGUGGACAAUUAUUGAGGAGCAGCUUUGGAAUACUUUGGUGUGAAACUCAUAAACUGGUCAAAGCAAGUGGCAUGAUGAUGGCAGACAUAGAUAUGGACUGCAAGAUGGCAUAGUUGACCAAAGGAAAAGGAAAGUUUGGGUAUAUGCAGGAUGGCUACCUGAGUCAAUAGGGAACAAAAAAAUAUCUUUUGAAGGAUAGUGUAAUUCUGAAGAGUGAGAAGUUACCCUUGGAAAUUUCCAGAUAUGUAUGUGGUUGAAUGUGUUUAGAGGGGACUCGGCAAGGAUGGUUCAGGAAGAUAGAGGCAUAAAGUCAUAAAGAUGGUCAUAAAGACCCCUUGCAUAGUGUCAUUCUGGCAAGCAGUUGUGAGGGGCAAAGUGGUGCUGGCUUCGAUUAAUCCCUUCACAUUCUACAACAUAAGUAAUGGCUUCCUGUCAUACCCAACAACAUAAAUAAUGAUCUCCUGUCACAUCCUGCAACAUCAAUAAUGGCCUCCUGUCACAUCCUGCAACAUUGAUAAUGGCCUCCUGUCACAUCCUGCAACAUUGAUAAUGGCCUCCUGUCACAUUCUGCAACAUCAAUAAUGGCCUCCUGUCACAUCCUGCAACAUUGAUAAUGGCCUCCUGUCACAUCCUGCAACAUUGAUAAUGGCCUCCUGUCACAUCCUGCAACAUCAAUAAUGGCCUCCUGUCACAUCCUGCAACAUUGAUAAUGGCCUCCUGUCACAUCCUGCAACAUUGAUAAUGGCCUCCUGUCACAUCCUGCAACAUUGAUAAUGGGCCUCCUGUCACAUUCUGCAACAUCAAUAAUGGCCUCCUGUCACAUCCUGCAACAUUGAUAAUGGCCUCCUGUCACAUCCUGCAACAUCAAUAAUGGCCUGUCACAUCCUGCAACAUUGAUAAUGGCCUCCUGUCACAUCCUGCAACAUUGAUAAUGGCCUCCUGCCCUGCAACAUCAAUAAUGGCCUCCUGUCACAUCCUGCAACAUUGAUAAUGGCCUCCUGUCACAUCCUGCAACAUCAAUAAUGGUCUCCUGUCACAUCCUGCAAUAUCAAUAAUGGCCUCCUGUCACAUCCUGCAACAUUGAUAAUGGCCUCCUGUCACAUCCUGCAACAUUGAUAAUGGCCUCCUGUCACAUCCUGCAACAUUGAUAAUGGCCUCCUGUCACAUCCUGCAACAUUGAUAAUGGCCUCCUGUCACAUCCUGCAACAUCAAUAAUGGCCUCCUGUCACAUUCUGCAACAUCAAUAAUGGCCUCCUGUCACAUCCUGCAACAUCAAUAAUGGCCUCCUGUCACAUUCUGCAACAUCAAUAAUGGCCUCCUGUCACAUCCUGCAACAUCAAUAAUGGCCUCCUGUCACAUCCUGCAACAUAGAUAAUGGCCUCCUGUCACAUCCUGCAACAUCAAUAAUGGCCUCCUGUCACAUCCUGCAACAUAGAUAAUGGCCUCCUGUCACAUCCUGCAACAUCAAUAAUGGUCUCCUGUCACAUCCUGCAACAUUGAUAAUGGCAUCCUGUCACAUCCUGCAACAUCAAUAAUGGCCUGUCACAUCCUGCAACAUUGAUAAUGGCCUCCUGUCACAUCCUGCAACAUUGAUAAUGGCCUCCUGUCACAUCCUGCAACAUUGAUAAUGGCCUCCUGUCACAUCCUGCAACAUAGAUAAUGGCCUCCUGUCACAUCCUGCAACAUCAAUAAUGGUCUCCUGUCACAUCCUGCAAUAUCAAUAAUGGCCUCCUGUCACAUCCUGCAACAUAGAUAAUGGCCUCCUGUCACAUCCUGCAACAUCAAUAAUGGUCUCCUGUCACAUCCUGCAACAUCAAUAAUGGCCUCCUGUCACAUCCUACAACAUUGAUAAUGGCCUCCUGUCACAUCCUGCAACAUUGAUAAUGGCCUCCUGUCACAUCCUACAUUAUAGUUAUAUUAAGCUUCUUAAUAUUGUUGAGCAUUUACUGGCAUAAUAACUAAACCAUCACUUCCAGAGUUCUUAACAAGUGUGAUGCACUAGAUAAAUUGUAAUGUAAUAAUUUCAGUAUUAUAACUUGUUCAAUUGUGUGAUUAAAUUUGUAUUACUUAACAAUUUUCAUGAUGAUUGCUUUGCACAGUUAAUUGGGAUUUACAGUUGUAACCAUAUAAGCUUUUUUACCAAUGAAAACAAGGAAAUAAAUUAUGCAGUUUU